GAGACGUCGCUUGAAGGCUCGUCUCCGACACAUAUACACGCCAAGCCAAAAGUGGCAAAGUGGCGAAAGACGCAUCGGGUGAUGAACGGUGAGGGAUAACUGGACAGGGCAGUGUCCACACGGACGGCAUGACGAGGAGUAGGAGUCAGUCCCAUGGCAAGGCUAUCAGCGUGUGAGCCGAGCCAUCAUCCGUCUCCUCGUAGCAUAUCUGGUUUUGAGUCCUCAAGAGCAAUCGCUUCUUAUUGCACAUAUCCUACCACCUACAUCACGGUACAUUUGCACGACAGCUCAUCGGGCAUCAGGGCACCUCCAGCAAGGUCGUUACGCAGAGAUGAAAGGACGCAAGUUCUCUUGAAGCUCCUUCGAGACCAGCUCUGUCAGCUCCAUGGCCGCGCUAGAGCCUACCGCUUCGUCCUCCUCCUCUUCUUCUUCUUCAUCGGACGAACCGAUCCUCAUCAGUCGACCGAAUAUGGCCAGUAUGAGGCCUUUUGCGAGUGCUAGAGCAGCCAUACGAAGUGUUUCUGCUGCCUCUGCCUCCCGAGCUACCGGCAUCUCGCCCAAAAAAGGAAAGACCGUAGCUGCUCCUAUCGCGGAUGGAUCGGAUGAUGAGCCGAUCUUCUUAGGCGGGACAGCAGCUACCAACUUGGCAAACAAAUUUGCUUUCCGUUCAUUGUCGACAACGUCAAGGGUAGCUGGGAAAUCAGCGCCUGAGAAUUCGGCUUUGCCGCCUUCAGCCUCCACAGAGAGCUCGACAAAGAGAUUGGUCUUGCGAGCGCCAUCACCCACGAAAGAACCUUUACCUGUUCCCUCGUGGUUGGGCAAGACUGCGGUCUUGCUAAAAGUCCGGGAUUGUCCGUUGUGUACAAAGGAGUUUAAAAAGUCUGACAGUGGAGCAGCGCGGUGGAGACACAUAUCGACCUGCCUUCCACCACUGUAUCGACCCCCCAACGCCCCUCCUGAUCUCCCUCGGCUCAUACAUGACGUUCUACACAACGUUGAUGGUAUACGCGAUACACCGUCAUUGCUCGAUCUACAUGUCAACGCUUUGCCUGAAAAUGUCGAUGACAGGAGGAUCAUACCUGGUGAAAACGUCACCAUCUCCUCCUUACCGGGAUGGGGUAACCCCACAAAGGCCACGAAAGCAAAAUCCAAGACAAAGAAUGGACCAAGCUUGGGUCUCAACAUCACCACUGUACAAGCUGCUCAGGAUCGUGGAGAUGGGUGGGACGACCAAGUGGGAGACCGCGUGAAAGAACUCAUUGGGCUAUCGAGCCCCUCCUCAACAACAGGGCAGCCAGAGGAUCCUACGCCGACUCCUGCUUUCUCCAGUCAAUUCCCCUCCACUCAGCCGAUGGGCGAGUCAUCUCUCGCAGCUAGAUACCGCCGGUCUCCGUCGUCAAACCUUGAUUCUGCUUCUGACGCUGGCUCUUCCCUCGCGUCUGCAGACGAUAUCGCACCCAGCUCAUCUCCGAAAGACUGGAUCUCCUCCCUCGACAUUACGAACGACGAUCAACCCUCUCUACCGCCUUCAGCUCAAAAGCGUACUCGAUCGCCCUCGGCAGACUCUGCUGGAUCUCCGACCAUCAGCCCUUUCAAUGGAGGAGAGGUACGCAGGCCGAAGGGUAUCUCUCCGAGAAAGUCAAUUCGGCGGAGCAAGAGUUUAGACAAGGAGGGAGAUACGGAAACUGGGGAUCAGCCAAACGAAUCAGGAUCUAAGUCGAGAAAGGCACGGAUAACGCGGAAAAAGGCUGGGACGGUCGAGUCGUCAAUGAAGGAAUCAAGCGGCUCUGGGAGUGAUGAAGAGAUAGAGGUCGUCGAAUAUCGCACUUCGGAGCCCGUCAUCGCUUCAUCACCUAUCACCGUAGUGUCGCCUUCUUCUACGGUGUCUGUAAAUAGCACCUCGCCUCUUGCUCGGAAGGCUGGUACUCGGUUGCGGGAUGUAGACUCUGCUACACCGACGCCCAAGACACCGCGAGUUCGCAAAUCGACAACCAAAUCUGCCCCUCUGAACGUCAUCGCCUCGCCGAUAUCGUCAGACGAGCCGGCCACGGUCAAGAAGACCUCUCGGAAAGCCAGAUCACCCAGUUCCGACGUAUCCAUCACGCCCAUUGUCGACAAAGGCAAAGGGAGAGCGGCAUCGAAAUCGGCCUCAAAGAGCCCGCGUCGAGCCACAGCCACUCGCGUCGAGGCUGCAUGUGGUGCCUACACUGUCUUUGACGAGUCUGCCACCUCGUCCUCGGUCGACAGUGCUUCGGAUAUGGUCGGCUCUGAGGACGAUUGGGGAGCAGACGCGAUACUCGAGUUCGACCCUGACAUCCCAGCCCUCUUUCCCGCUGAAGGCAACGGCUUUGAUGUAGAACGAGUCAGCGGUGGAAAUGCGAGUGAUCAUUCCUCAACCAGCGAGACUAUGCCAGACUUCAAAAAGUGGAAGCUGAAGGAGCUCAAAGCCCUUGUCGAGUCUUAUGGAUACAAAAUAUUCAACAAGAAAGACACUCUUGUUCGCGUUGCUGAGGACUGCUGGACUGCUAUCCAUCAUCCGGGAUCCUCGCCGACCGCCAAAGCGCGUCAUAGACGGAUCAUGACGCAUUUGUCCGAGUCGGGGGAAUCUGCCGAAUCGUCUGAGGAUAUCCCAUUGGCGAUGGUUCAAGGAAAGUCCUCGAGAUCUAAAAGGUCCGGCGGGACCACUGUCAGGAGAAAAAGGGCUGAGAGCUCGACGAAUGUUCCAGAGAUCACGCCACAGGAUCGGGCGCGAGCUUUGAUUUAUCCCAUGUUCGUUGAGAAGGAUCUGGAAAAGGCGUUCAAAACGAUGAUCUUGGAGGACGAAGAGAUGUACGUGAGGAUACUGAGAUACGAGCCCAUGAGCUUUGACGAACUCGUCGCGAAGGCUAUUCGGAGAGGGAUCGAAGCGGUCGGGUGGAAAGGUCAAUUGGCGAGAUUUCUUGAUUUACAGGGUAUAACUUACUUUACUGGCGAUCCUCAGGGAGCGAGGAGACGUCGAUGAACCUCUGUACAUGAUCAAAGAUAGACAUCAUCUGUACAGUGGAUGCCUGAUGAAACGCUGUGCCACAUUCGUCACUCGUUUCAGUAUUCUG